AUGCGGCUCUCUCUUACCUUCUGCGCCGCCCUCGCCGGCGUCGCCUUUGCCUCGCCCUCGUCCUCCUCGACGGCGCACCUGGCCGCGCGCGACUUUGCCACAGUCGCGGCCGUGCUGGCCAACGUGACGGACAGCGUGCAGGGCCUGUCCAAGGUCGCCGACACGGGGACGGCCGACCCGGCGACGCUGCUGGCGGCGUCGGACCGCAUCGUGCAGGCCAUCAAGUACGGCACCAUGACGGUCAACGCGACCAGCAACCUGACCUUUAUCGAGACGGUGCACCUCAUUGCGCCCGUCCACAAGCUGUCGUCGCUGUCGUCGGGCCUCACCGCCAACAUGGGCAAGCUCAAGGGCUCGAUCCAGCAGCAGAACCUGUGCGAGGUCGUGCGCCUGCAGGUCGGCAUCAUCAACAACGGCUCAUCCGGGCUCAUCGCCGCCAUCAACGGCAGGGUCCCGGGCGCCGCCCUCGACAUCUCCCAGGCCCUCUCCCAGGGCAUCACCGACGCGCUGACGGGCAUCCAAAACGACUUUUCGCCGGAGAAUUGUGUCAAUGGCCGCAAUGAGACGACGAGCACGUCCGCCGCCGCGCAUCUGGGGCUUGGGCCUUGUAGCGCUCUUGUCGCGACAUGUCUUGGUCUCGUGGCCGCAUUGACAGUCUUUUGA